AAAUUUUUGACUGAAGAGUAUACUAUGACUAGAAAGACAUAUAACUGUGGUGUCUGUGUUAAAGGAACCACCAUCAAUUCUGAAGAUGAAAUUGAUUACGAUGGUGUCUUAAAAGAGAUUAUCGAGUUAUUGCAUUAUGGACACUCAGGCCGACAGGAGACUGUAGUCUUAUUCAAUUGUGAUUGGUAUCACACGAGAUGGGGAAUACGCGUGGAUGUUAAACACGGAAUUGUUGAUGUCAAUCCAAGCUUCCAACUUUCAACUGGAGAGCCAUUUUGCCUUGCUAGUCAAGCACAACAAGUUUAUUAUACUCCAUAUCCGAGUACAGAUAGAAUUACUCGGGGAUGGUUCGCAGCAUGUAAAAUAAAAUCUAGACAUCUUAUUGACACCUCAUCAACCUCAUCUUCAGCAGAGGAUGAUGACAUUUUUCAAGAUGAUGACCCCCCCAUAAUGCAAGGCUCUUCAUUAGCUACAGAUUUAGCUGCGUACCAAUCACUUCAACUCCAUGCAAAAGGUGUUACAGAAGUUGAGGUUAAUGCUGAUACAUCCGAAGAAGAUGAGGACUAUAGAGAAGAAAAAGAUUCAGAAACUUCAGGAAAUAGUAGUGAUAGCAUUGAUGAAGAGGAUGAUAGAUGUCUGGAAAUCCAGCAGGUUCGGCUAGGAGGAGAUCUUCUUCCUCAGGAUCCCAGGGGCAACGGGAAAAAAGGACGAGGUCAAAAUUUGAAAGGUCUACGCCCUCCAGAGAAUAGAGAGAGUAGGACCUGGGUUAAACUUACUGAUGAUAAGCUUCAGUUUGCUGAUCCAUCCAUUCCUCAAGCUAUCACUGCCUUAUGGAAGUCACGUUUUGAUGGCCCAUAUUUCACAUUUGAUCGUGUCCCCAACAACAAGAUUAAUGAAAUUUAUCCUUGUUUCAAAACACUUUACCAGUGGGACCGUGCAGAUAAUCUCCAUGUACGAAAUGCAUUCAUAAAUUGUAUGAGGCAUAGAUGGAGUGAUAAUAUGAGGGACGUGAGGUUAAAGUGGGUGAAGGACCCAUCUUAUAUCCCAUGUUGGAUGCCACCUCAUUUAUGGUCUCAGCUACUACAUUAUUGGGAUUCUGAUGAAUAUAAGAUGCUUCAAGAAAGGGGAGCAAAGAAUAGGAAUUCAGGGGAGAGAGUGACUCACACCACUGGGCCAAUUAGCUUUGGCAUCCAUGAGAUGCGGAUGGUAAUCAAGCAUAAUUAAUAAAAAAUUAAAUUUAAUAAAUUUUAUUUACUAAU